AUGUGGGCGGGUGCGGCGAAGUACACGAACGACAGAGAUCAGUGUGUGAGUAGCCCAGCAAUCCCAGAGAAGCGUUCAGGCGGAGUCGUAGCUGAUGAAGGCGCUGAGGCGAAGCUCAAGCUCGAAGGUCAACUCAGGCCACACCGCUCGACUCGCUUAGUUCGAGGGCAGAGUGCGCCGCUAGACUCCCACAGCCACUACCUAGCCGACGUCAGCGUCCCACCUGCUUCCCACCCUUGUCCCGACCCUCCCUCUCUCCUCGUUGAGCGACCUUCAGCGAUGGACUUCUACCACCGCAGCGCUCUCAUUCUCGACGCGCUCGACGCCAAGAAGGGCUCUGUCAAGGGAUUGUGCAUGUCGGAGGCUACGAAGAGCCGGAAACCGGGAGAGGGAGCGAGGUUCUUGAAGGUCGUUGUCGAGGUGUUGAAGUACCGCCCGCACAUCCAGCACCUCCUGACCGCAACCAAACUCCUCGCGCAAGAACCGACUCUGUUCGUCCCUCCCUCCUCGACCGCCGCCGCCGCAUCCGCCAUCAAAUCGGGUGUCGCAGCCUCCGCAUCAAAGGCGCUCAAGCAGCCGAAGAAGUACCAGAAGCAGGCGCCGACUCCGCUGAACCUUGCGAGCGUCAUGGUGCACGAUUUGAUGUUCGCCAAGAGGGGGCUGACACUGCCGAAGGAGCACAAGGUUAGGAAGAAGCUGGAGAAGUACAAGCCUGCACUCGACAAGGAGAACGAGCGCGAGAAGCGUCGACGGAAAGUUGCGACAAACGAGGGUCUGCAGAUUGCCUUGCCCGAAAAGGUCGCAUCGUCGCUCUCUUCCAUCGGCAAGGGCAAGAAGCGCGAGCACGAUGCGGACCGGUUCGCGGAGGAGGCAGGCGCUGGACUCGAGGCGGUGGGCGAGAUCAGGUGGAUGAGGGUCAACACGCUGCGAUGGAGCGUUGAGCAGGCGGUUGAGUGGUUCGAGAAGGGCGGAUGGGAGAUGUUUGAGGAUGUUGAAGAGAUGCUUGCCGCUGCACAAGCGAAGCCGAAAGUGUUCGCUCUCGACGCCCACAUCGAACCGCUCCUCGCCCUUCCCGCCUCCGUCUCCCUUCCCACCAUGUCCGCCUACCAAGACGGCCGUCUCCUCGCGCAGGACAAGGCUUCCUGCAUGCCCGCCUGGGUCCUCCUCGCUCCCGUUCUCGCCGAUGCCGAGGAAGCGCUCGCGAACGGUCUUGACACGGAGGGCGAGGAGAAGAAGCGUGGCAAGGGCUUGCGGGUGCUCGAUGCGACGGCGGCGCCGGGGAACAAGACGACGAUGGCGGCGGCGUUGGUGGCGGGCGACCCGAUCAAUGGGAAGGUCACGGCUUGCGAGCGGGAUCAGGGCAGGUUCAAGGUCUUGAAGGACAUGCUCAAGCGGGCGGAUGCGAAGAACGUCCAGCCAAUGAACGUCGACUUCCUCUCGCUCAAGCCGGACGAUCCGAAGCUGAAGAAUGUCUCCCAUCUUCUCGUCGACCCGUCUUGCUCUGGUUCUGGUAUCCCUUCCCGCCUCGACCACCUCGUCCCCUCCGCACCGGAAGAAGAGCAGCUCUCUCGCAUCCGCGCCCUCUCGAACUUCCAGAUCGCCAUCCUCUCGCACGCACUCCGCUUCUCCGGCGCCAAGCGCGUCGUCUACUCGACCUGCUCGAUCUGGGAACAAGAAGACGAGGGCGUCGUCAUGCGCGUCCUGGGGAAGAAGGAGUUCAGGGAGAUGGGCUGGCGGUUGGCGCCGAGGGACGAGGUGUUGCCGACGUGGGAGCGACGAGGACGUGUUGAAGCGUGUGGUGGCGACAAGGACAUCGCCGACUCGCUCGUACGGUGCCUGCCUGAGGACGGCACGAACGGCUUCUUCGUCGCCUGCUUCGUCAAGGACGAGGACGCCGAGCCUAUCCCUGCGCCGCCGAUUGUCGCUCAGUCCAUCGAGACCGCCGAAGCUGUCGAGGUCAGCGCUGAGGAUGACGAGACCGACGCACCAGCACUCGUGAACGGCAAGAAGGGCGGCAAGCAAGCGAAGAAGGCGAAGUCGACCGUCUCGCAGGCGGCGAGGAUCGCGAAGGAGGAGGUCGUCGGCAAGGCUCCCGAGCCCAAGCCAGCCGCCGCGAAGGAGACUGGCGCGAGCGAGAAGAAGGGCGACAAGAAGUUGAGCAAGAAGCAGCUCUAUUUGCUGAAGAAGGAGGAGUUGAAGCGGAAGAAGGCGGCAGCGGAUGAGUAG